AUGACCAACCCUGCUGGCGAGCUCCCAGAUAAUAAGGAGGAAGCUCAUCUGCUGUUGCGCAUCUUCAUCAAGAAGGUUGAGACCAGCCAAGAGCCUGAAACUAGCAGAGAGGUUCCAAAGAAAAGGUCAGGAAGACGGAAAACCAUGUCCAGGAAGGGGAAAAAGAACUCUAAGAAGGCGGCAAAGUGCCACAGGCCCAGGCGCUCAAAGAAGAAAGCAUCAGGUGCUCUAAGGGGGGUGAGGAAAACGCAGAGAAGGCGGCAGAAGAAACACGUUAGCUUCAUCACAGACAAGCGGCCGCUCCCUCCUUUCUUUCUCUUCAUGGCAAAGAAUCGUCCCAAUCUUCAGAGAUCAAAUCCAGACUUGACAGCGGUAGAAAUGGCCAAGACGUUAGGGAAAAUGUGGCAUCAACAGCCACAAAGUGAUAGAGAUAGGUACAGAGAACAGGCCGAGUACCUGAGGAAGAGAAAACGAAGGAGACGACAAUAG